CAUUAGUGCAAAGUAUAAUCACCACACUUAAUUAGGGCUUCUUUUAAGAGAAGCAAGUCUCGAGGUCGUAACUAAUCUUCAAAGUAAGGUGGAAAACAAGCUUGUACUAAGAUGUCCGAUUGGACGGGUUGGGGUCCUGAGGCUGUCGGCGAGUGGUUAAGGCGUCUUGGCGUCCCGAGUCGAAUCGUUGGUCGGUUUAUCGCUGAAAAGAUCGAUGGACCGACUUUAUCGACUUUUACGCCAGCGUGUGUGCGUGCCCUUGUCAGAGGAGAAGACUUGAGUACCGCAGUCGGGAGUCCGAAUUUAAGGCUGACAUGUUGCUUCAAUAAUCUAUCCCUGUAUGAUGUUGUGUGACACAUCGCUCAGCAUGCUGAACUACAUCCUUUUAUUCCGGCAAGGUGGAAAUUAAUCACGAGGAACGCUAGCAGGACAGAUACUUGGAAAUUCGAUUCGGACAUCACAACCACACCAUAAUUCUAAGAAUCCAAGACGACCUCGAUAUCGCCCAGCACGAAGACCUGAACAGCAUCGCAGGCAUGAUUCAAGAGGCGCUUCUUGGAGAAGACCUAAAUACUUCGCCAGAACAGACGUCGUCAUCACCAGCGGGUCAUUUUAGUUGGUCAACCCCUAGGGGAGAGGACGAUUUAGAAGUGGUCGAGGCUUCUGAGGAUGAGUUGCAUAAAAUAGCACACGAAGUAGAAGACUACCACGAAGUGUUCGAAGAAAUUGAUGCGGAGCGUAGAGCUUAUGAUAUUCAAACAUAUUUAUUGGUUUUUUGACGAGGGAUUACAUACUCUCGGCUUCCUUAGAACAAGUCUUAAUAAAGCUCGUAAUCUUAUCUUUAUCAUGUUCUCGUCUAAAUUUUGGAGCAACAGGAUUCAGAACAAAGUUUCUUGCCUUCGCCUCACGAGCUCUACGAACCUGGUCCAGUGCGAGAUACACAGCUUCAUGGCAGUCCAAGCUUUGGUGAUUCUACAAAUGGAGAUCAGCCUGCCUCUGGCAUCUCGAUUGCACCACCCUCAGUGCACGAAGACGAGGCACGGAGCGAAUAUCAUCAAAAAGUGGGUUUGGGAUGUAAUGCUGGGAGGAUGAGAGUGAUCAAAGCCGGUUCGGAUCCGGACGAUGACAGUAUGUCUUCUUCUAGUCGUGGCGGUGGUCUGAAUCAAAGUGACGCUGAACCUCCUCCACCAGAGGAGAGAAGAAGUAGAUUAGCUUCAGGAUGGGAAGAGCAACAAUCACAAUCGCAAAUCCUGAGCAGUCGAUUCGGAAUCGACAUGGUGGCAUCAACAGGGUAUUCACCACCUGCAAGCAGUGUUGGGACGCCUUCCCUCACGACAGGCGCCGGCCCACAAGGAACCGCCGGCCAAGGUGGCCAAGAACAGAUUGGGGGUUCCUCCUCAUCCACAGCUACAGGUCAAAUCCAACAGUCAACAAAUGGCAACGGCGGUGGCGGGACGCAACUCUCAGCGUAUUCUCCAGAUCAAGAGGAGUCUUCGUGUACCAGCAACGCCACAGCGCCAACAGUCGAGGAAAACAUGCCUGAUAUCUACCGUGCAAAACUUGAAGUGCCGCAACUGCUUGCCGCCAUAGAAUCUCCACAUUUCACAAGCAAGAGUCCUGCAGAACAAAAACUGCUUCUCAAACGUGCAAGACCAUGGAUAAAAGCGCUGAGAGUUGCGAAUCGCUCCUUUGCGAAUCCUAGUUCGGCAGACCUGGCGGCGAGGAAACGAUUGAGGACGAAGGUAAUUGGGUCUGGUGGCUUGUUAGACGCAUUAAAAAGUGGUGAUUGAAGAAUGACGUACAACUUACAUCAACUCCUUGUCCGAGGCUCGCUGGCAUCCCCCUCUUCAUUCAACAUCAGAAGAUUUUCCGACAUUUACUCCUAAUAAUUCCCUGUUUCAGAUGCGGACACGUGAGCAUAUGUGGGCCGAAGUGUUAGACGCAGAAGAAAAAUCCACCAAAGUGUGGGAGAACUUCUACUUCUUGCAACAGAAGAAACGAUUGGUAUUCUUGAUUCUGAUAGAUCACUCGUUUCUAGAGGGAGGUUGUUGGUAGGUCGUUUUGGCUUUUCGUGACUUGUACACAUCGAACUCGCGAUUACCAAGUCCUCUCUGCAAAAACGAUCCUCGUGAUCCAAACUGACUUUUUUGUCCGCCAGCCGCACUGCUUCGUUCUUACAAACAGGAAUACGUCGAUUUCGGCGAGCAGAUGAGGAACGCAGAGCAAGCUUGGCAAUUUGAUCUUGUUACAUCUCAAGUGCACCUAGACUGUAUGCAAAAAGCUUAUGAGAAAGAACAGGCCAUCACAACCGUGUAUUCGAAAGGCAGGGGUGGAAGUGGCGGAAAGAGUAACAAGGGAAAUGCUCUUAAAAGCAAGGUGCCUGAUGCAAGUAUCUUGAAGCCGUCGUAUUUUCUAGCGGAUGCGAAGUAUCAAGGAGAUGAAAAGAUAGUGGGGCAGAGGGAAGAGUUGGUAAUAGACAUGAAUUUUGAUCGAAUAAGAGACCGACGUGUUGUUCGUCGUGAAUUUGUGGUUGGAUUAUUCUCGUCCUCAUGGCAUCACUUUGAACACUACACUCUCUUAAAGAACACUAUAAUUCACGCUUGAUGUCUGUUCCCCUUCCCACCCAGAUUUCCCACCUCCGUAGCCUCGAGCACCUUGAAGAAGAAUUAGACUAUUUCCGCGGCAAAGUCGAGAGACGAGAACUUACUAUAUCCGACUGGAUCCGACGCGAAGAGGCGUCCAAGCAACUUCUUUCUCAGCUAACGCCUUUAGACCGACCGCCGCCACCUACAGAGCAUUUGGUUGACGUGGAGAAUCGAAUACGAGAAGCAGAGGCACAGAAAGACGCACUAGCAGAAGCUGUGGAGAAGCUGAAACUAGAGGAGGAAGCGUACUUUCCUUGUGAGCCAGUUGUAGCUCUUGUUCUAUGUUGAUUUUUUUUACACACGCUUAUGUAGCAAUCAUUCAACCUCGACAUAUCGUCUAAAAAAAAUUCAACAAGUUCCUAGCGUUCAUUUCCGAAAUGUCCAAAGAGUCGAUCUUGACCAUUGACAGGUUAAAAGCCGAAGUCAACGCCCUCACCGGUAGUCUUGCGCAAAAAGCUACCGAUAUAGACAAUCGCAAGAAGUGGCCCAGUUUCCUGAGGCCCACCAGAACUCCUGGAGGUGCUGAACAAGAUGGACCCACUAAAGAUAAAGAGCUCCAGACCGAUGUACAACUAAAAGUCGCCUACACAGCUGCACCCUCUGAGGAAACGCCAAGAAUGAACGGUGGAGGAGGUACAACAUUGAAGAAAGUUGUAUCAUCCGCAGAAAACACUAGUACUGGCGCCAGUAGGACUGACGCAACUAGUACGUUGAGCACAAGAGGCAGUGGAUCUGGAAUGCGCCUAGCCCUUACCCCAACGCCUUCUGGAGCAGCCUUCCACAGUCCGCUGCCAUCGAGUAUUAUGAGGACCUGAUCCAAAGAAGCUAGUUUGAACCAUAAAGAUCCUUAAUGAUUUGUGUUCCAAAAUAUGAGACUGAGUAACAUUAUAUACAGAGUAGUUUAAUAUAGCACACAUGGCGCAUGGAGUAGCAUGGAGUGCAUGGAGCGCAGAGCUUUAAGGGGCGCAAGAGGCUCCCCCUUUAGCUCCAUGCUACUCCAUGGGAUCCAUGCACUCCAUGCCAUGCGAGCGGUGAAACCUUAGGAAUUGCUCUGAUAUAAGUGCCUCCCAACGUUAUACUCUUGCUCAACAAACACAUCUUUGUUCAAUAUCUACUUCGUCCGUUCUAAUAUGGGAAGCGGUGCAGUAUCGGCACGAGUACCGGUGAGUGCCCGACGGUCAAAUGGUGCACCGCGGGUGCCUUCUGCAGGAAGAGCAAGUGUAGGAUCUUCUAACCUAGGAGUUGUUGUCACGAGAACUUCUAGUGGAGUGGGUGCAACAACUGGAACAUCAACCCUUGGUCGGAACUCCCGGACUCGCAGUCGUGACCCUCCACGCUCAAGGGCAUCUUCGCAAUUGGGACGGUGAAGAGUCUUUAGACUUAAUGGGCGCUAAAUAAGAGUCCUUAGACGUAUACUUUCUGGGUACAGCGGCUAUGGCCGUCAAUAUCAAGUGGUUAUUGGUAGAGUUUCUUUUUCAAAUUGUGACAUUGACUUCGUGAAGGUUAUGAACUUUGAGACUUCGUCGACGAGGAAAACGCAGAAACGCUCUUAGAGAAGGUUCGACUCGCAUAGUUUCUGGAUACAGAUGAAAGGAAUCAAUCACGACUAUACAACGCGUUGUACGACAAAAAAGUGGCAGAGUUGCCUUCAAUAAAUCACGGCGUAGAAUUGUUGUCAAG